AUGGAUGAAGAUAUACCACCAACGAUUGUUGGUGGUGGUAGUGAUGGUAAUGGUAAUGGUAAUGGAAAUGUUAGUAGUUUCUUACCGAGAUCAUUGUUGAAUGAUAGUGAAGUGCUGGAUGGUGGUAGUGAUUCUGAUUGCAGUGUAAGAGUUGCUCUCAGAGUGAGACCACUCAGUACGAAAGAGUUGAACGAGCGCAGUGAAGAGGUGGUUCGCUAUGUCGAUGGUGUACCACAAGUAAUCAUUGGAAAAGAUCACACAUUCACAUUCGACUAUGUAUUCAGUGGUAAAUCGAAACAACAUCAAGUCUACGACGACUGUGUCACCUCACUAGUAAACUCUCUCUUUCAAGGUUACAACUCAACCAUCUUGGCAUAUGGACAAACAGGUUCAGUUAUCUUGACAAGCAAACAAACUAACAAAACAACAGGUAAAACAUAUACAAUGGGAUCGACAUCGACUGUUGGAGUAUCGAUUGAUGAAUUGGGUGUUAUUCCUCGGGUGAUCGCUAGUGUUUUCGAUAGGAUCGAUCGAUUGAAGAGCACACAUGCAAUCGUUGUAAAGGUUUCGUUUUUGGAGUUGUACAAUGAGGAGAUCAGAGAUAUGUUGAAUCCGGAUGCUUCGGUUGGCGGUCUGGCCAUUCGUGAGACGUCGGGCGGCGAAGUUCACAUUCCGGGACUGUUUGAGGAGGUCGUUCGUACGCGUGCUCAAAUGGAGGAUUCGCUGAUACGUGGUUCGCAAUCGCGUACCAUCGGUUCGACGCUGAUGAACGUACAUUCGUCGCGGUCGCACGCCAUCUUCACGGUCAUAAUCGAGCAGACCGUACUCGACCAGAACAACGAGGAGAACAACAUCUCUGAGGAACGCAACCCAACGAUCCGCUCGAAAUUCCACUUUGUCGAUCUGGCCGGUAGCGAACGUGUAAAGAAAACCAAAGCAGAGGGACAGCGACUCAAGGAGGGAAUCAACAUCAACAGUGGUUUGCUUGCACUCGGUAAUGUUAUCUCGGCACUCGGUGAUACGCGGCGAACUGCCAGGCCUAAACACGUUCCCUACCGUGACUCGAAACUCACUAGAAUGCUGCAAUCUUCACUCGGUGGUAAUUCACGUACACUUAUGAUAGCUUGUAUCAGUCCUGCUGAUUCAAAUUUUGAAGAGACAUUAAAUACAUUGAAAUACGCAUAUAGAGCAAGAAAUAUUAUGAAUAAACCAGUGGUGAAUGUAGAUCCUCUGACAAAACAAAUCAAUAUGUAUAAAGGACAAAUACAGAUACUUAGAGAUGAACUGUUAGUUAAACAUAACUAUAAAGAUAGUGAUAUCGAUGCUCUCAUACAAGAUGUCGAUAUUAAUAGUAUAUCAAUUCAUGAAGAAAUUAAUAAUAACAAUAAUAAUAAUAGUUCAUUUAUUUCAAAGAAUAAUAAUAGUAAUAGUAAUGGAAAUAAGAUAAAUAGUGGUAGUAGUAACAAUGGUAAUAAUAAUAAUGGAAGUAAUAGUAAUAAUAAUACAACUUCUAAUAACCAAUUGGAAGGAGGAGUAAAGAAAGUUCUUCCUAUGACACCUUCACGUAUGGCUGCGAAUGCAUCGAAUCACUCAACUUUUGAAGAUAAGUCUGGCGAAUAUCUCGAAUUGUUUAAUAGCUUCCAAAGGAUUCUGGUAGAACCAAAAGAAUCUGAUAGUUCACAACAACAACAACAACAACAACCAGGAGAUUCAAGUGUUAUUGUAGAUGGAGCAACAAGCGGACAAUCUUUAGAUCAACAACCACCACUGCUUCAACAACAAGACGAUUUAAUUGAAGAUAUUGAAAAUGUAAAAGAGCUGUUGGAUGACAAUGAAAAGCUGUCGGAUUUGAAUGAUUAUAUUGUUGCCAAGGAAGAGGAGUUGGAGUUGAUUGCCAAAUCACAGAUGCAAUAUCAACAGAUGAAGGAGAUGUAUGACAAUCGUUUGAAGGAGUUGGAAGUUCAGUUGCUUGAGAUGAAGGAGGAGCGUGAGAGUGUGAUGCGUUCACUCGAAGACAAGCAAAAGACUGUUGUCGACAACAGCGGCGGUGCAGCUUCGGCACUCGAGGAGGAAAAGGCGCGACUCACCAAUCACUACGAGCGUAAGCUCUCAGAGUUGAAGCGACAGCUCGAUCAGCACACUCGAUCGAUCAAAGACCACCAGCGACUGAUGGAUCUAAAGACAAAGAGCGAUGAGAAGAUCAUCGAUCUCAACGAGGACAUCAAGGAUUUGAAACGACAAAAGUCAGAGGUGUUGAAGAAGAUGCGUGACGAGCUCAAGAAGCGCGACGACCAGAAACAGAGUCAGAACAAGGAGCUUGAAGCACUCAAGAAGGAAGCGAAAAAGUCGGAGCAACUCAUCGGUCAACUGAUGAAUCAAUCCAAGAAGAAAGAUCAAUUGCUUCAAAAGAAAAUCGAUGAAUCCGAGCAGAUCAAGAAGAAACUGAAAGAUUUGGAAUCACACAAACAAAGAGUGAUUCAAAACAAACCUGGUGUUUCUUCUUCACUUCAAGCCAAUAGCAAUGCAUCGAACAAGCAACAACAGAAUAACAACAAUAGUGGAUUUAGAAGUAAAACAGCAGCUGUUGCAACAGCGACGACAGCGACGACUACAUCGACAACGACAACAACAAAUACUGCUGCUUCGACGACAACGAUUCACUCACAACAUCAUCAUCAAUUUAGUGUACCAGAUUGGCGAGAAUGGUUGCUGGAUCAAAUCAAGAAGAAUCUCUAUAAGAAUGAGUUGACAGAGACACUUGACAAACACUUUGGCGAGAAGGAUAUCUUUGUGAGGGAGUCGGCACGUCUCAAACAACAGAGUGUCAGCAACAAGAUCACACGUGCAGAGUAUCAGGAGCAGUCGGCAUUCCUGGAGAUGAAUAUCAAGCAGCAGAAUGAGAAGAUUGCCAAAGUUCAGAAAGAGUUGGCGUCAAUGUCCAACGAUUGUAUGGAUUCCACUGAGAUCAUGCGAAAGGUUUCGACUACUCCCUACGAAAAAUUACCACAUUUGAUUCAGGCUUCGUUUGAACUGUGCAUUGAGUAUGCCGAGCAGAAUCGUACAAAGAAACAGACUUUGACAACGACCACAACAACAACAACAACUCCAGACUUGUUUGAACAACGCACCAAGACAUCAACACUUCUCGACGGAAUCAAGCAAGCUAAAUCCGAAUAUUAUAAACAACAACAAAUGCAAUCGCCAAUCAUUGAAUCGAAGGAAAUCAAUAGUUAUCCAACAUCAACAUCUUCAACCACCCCAACAAUAACACCUACCAUUGGAAGUAAAUUAAAAGAUAUGCCACCUAUUUCAGCACCAAUAACAACAACAACAACAACAAACAACAAUGUAAAUAACAAUUCAAAAUCAAACUCAUCUUUUGUCUCUAAACAACCAUUAAAUAUACAUAAUAAUAAUACACCGCAAUCUUCAACAACCAAUACACAAGCAUCAUCAACAUCAACACCAGCAUCAUCUUUUAGUACUGCCGAUUUCAUCAAGGAGAUAGAGUUACUCCAACAACAGAUUAGACAGUCUUCCCUUUCUUUUGUAUCACCCUCAACAUCUACAACAAAUUCUUUAUCACCCACCUCAUUAAUUGAGAGUGAAAUGGAAGACGAAAAUCUGCAACAACAACAACUACCAUCCGCUUUUAUAAAUAUACCAACUGCAACCAACACAACAUUUACUGCCAUUACUGUUACAGGUACUGGUAGUACUUCAUCACCAAAUCACAAUACAAAUAAUAAUAAUAAUAAUAAUAAUAAUAAUAAUAAUCAACAAAUCAAGUUAUCUGUAGAAUCAAAGGUUGAUCAACUUUUGGAUGAUUUGAAGUCUUCCAAAGAGAGAUCAAAGAUGACAACAACAACAACUAACAUUAAUAAUAUUAAUGGACGACCAAAAGGAAGAAAGAAUAACACUACCACUACAACAACAAAUAUGAGUACUUCCUUGACUAUAAACUCAAUCAUGAAUAAUAAUAGCGAUAACAAUAAUAGUGGAUAUUUAACAAGUAAUAUGAGUCAGAGUUUAGAACCUUUACCAACAUUUGAUAAAGAUAUUUUGGAUGUCGAUAUCGAUUUGAUGAAGAAACCAAACAACACUUCACCAAAGUCACGUAAACAACUACAAAACAGCGGGGACAAUGUCGUUUUAUCACCAAACUCUGCAUCGGCAGCUGCCUAUCUGGCUUUUGAUGGUGAUGUCUUUGCGAGACUGUCAGCACCCCGACCAGACUCAAGACUUCGUCGAUACCGUGAUAAACUAAAAACCGAUAACUACAGAACAGCGAUUCUCCAUACACGUCGACAAGAACAGCUACUCAAUGGCGACAGUGAAACAUUCAUAAAGUGUAACUGGAGUUUCACUGGUCACGAGGGUUCAGUGUUGGGUCUGCUUUUCAACGAGCAAUCGCAGCAGCUCUAUUCCUGUGGACAAGAUAAACUUAUCAAAGCGUGGGAUCUUGUCUCUGGCGAUUGUGUCUCCGAUUUAACUGGACAUUCCGCAGCAGUAAAGGCUAUUGCCUAUCACGCCGGUAGUGGAUUGCUGUUUUCUGGCGGUGGAUCCGACCGUCUUGUUCGCGUUUGGGACAUGAGAACUGCGCAGACCGGCAACGUUGCUCAAUCCAUUAAGAUUCAGAACGAGGUUCUCUAUUGGGUAACAGCACUCACCGCACACAACUCUAUGAUUUUCUCUGGCUGUAGAGAUGCCACAAUCAAAGGAUGGGAUUCACAACUCAAUGCCAACACUAUGCAUCUCAUUGGUCACGAAUCCUCAGUCAAUUGUAUCAUAUCCACUGGCAACGUUUUACUCUCUGGUUCAUCCGAUCGUUCAAUUAAAUUAUGGAAAAUUUAA